AACAUGCUCCCCGCCGACUGCUCAGUCAACCCCCAACACCCUCCAAUUAAAUCGGACAUCUUUCCCCUCAAAAAAACCCCCGCUUUCUUCUUCCUCCUCCUCCUACACUGAGGCCGCCGUCGAAAUGCUCCGCUGGCGUCUUUUCCUCUUCCUUCUCCCCGUCUCCGUCCUCUCAUCAAACACCACGUGUCCCUAUGACAUCCCCUAUGCCGCCCAGAUGCUUCCAUCGAUCUGCUACGCCAACUCCACCUCCUUUCCAUCCGCCACCAGUUGCUGCUGGUACGUCUUCGCUUCCUACAUCUACGCCGCUAUCCGCUACUCCAACCUCACCGGAGCCGCCUUCCUUCCCCCUUCAACCGCCUCCGCCUGCUCCUCCAGCUUCUCCUCAUACCUCCUCCACCAAGGCCUUGCCCGCCCCUCCCUCCUCUCCAGCUCCUCCUGCAAUCUCGACGGCGACCCCGUCCGCCUCGCCGCUGGAAACCGCCCCUGUCAGUUCCCCUACGUCUCUCUCAUCCGGUCCUCCACCGAUCUCUCCCCUGCCGACAAACUCUGCUCCUCCUCUCCCCUCAAUCCCGACUCUCACCCAUCCCUCUGCUCCCAAUGUCAGACCGCCGUCAUCAACUCUACCUUCUCUCUUCUCAACGUUACCAACAGCAAGGAGAUCGUCCCCUGCGGCAUGGCCGCCACAAUCGCUAUCUGGUCACCGCAUAACCCCUCUCUCCCCCGUUUCCGCUCCUUCGCCCUCUGCAUGCUACAGAUCCUCCAAAACAUCGGCAACCUGGGCACCGGUGACAUCGUACCCUCCCCUCCUCCUCCUCCUCCUUCUCCUCCUCCUCCUCCGAUAACCUCCUCCGCCGUCUCCGGCUCCCGAACCACCAAAAUCAUCGCCGGAUGCGCCACCGCUGCUGCCACCUCCUUGAUCGGCGUCGUCGCGUUCCUCGUUUUCCUUUUCCGGAAACGCCGGAGAAAGAUCAACACUUCUGAUGGCGAAUUCGCCACUUCCACUGAAAUCAUCUCCCCUGUUCUUCCCAGAGAGGGGCUUUACAUCUUCACCAAGGCGGAGCUGAAGCAAGCAACGAAUGGGUACGAUGACCGGCUCCUCCUUGGCACGGGUGGCGCUGGGGAGGUUUACUUAGGAAAGCUUCCCUCCGGCCAAGAGGUGGCAAUCAAACGCAUCAAACGCGAGAAGAAGCUCGGCGAAUUCUACCGCGAGGUAGAAGUGCUCGCCAAGCUCCGGCAUCGAUACCUCACGACUCUCGUCGGAUACUACCUCGGAGAGCGAUACGAGCACGCGCUGGUUUACGAGUAUAUGGCUGGCGGCAACCUCGCAGGCGCGCUUUCAGACGGAAUCGGACUAACUUGGCGGCGCCGCCUCCGCAACUAG